GUACUAUACACUUAUCACUUAAAUCUGCAGAGGUUAAGUUCAAUGCAUUCAUUAACGAGAUAUUAAUAAAGACCGUUGAUCUUAUGGCAUUUUGGGCACCAGAGAACUUUCGCUAUGCACUAACCUCCUCUUAAGAAUAUCGUGACUGAAAUAUGAAGCUGUAGCUCGAAACAAGCAUAGAUGGUAACAGAUAUAGUAUACGUGACACAAACUAUGUAUUUUCAGUACUGAAAGUGAAUUUCGGAACGCAGCCUUGGAUUAUUUCGUCGGUGCUGUGGCGGAACCAGGCGGAACGCAUAUAGCGUAUAGUGUGUUUUUAAAUUAGGUUAAUUUGUACAUUGUACACGUGUGAGAAGUUUAAAUUACUUUAAUCUUGAUAUAUGACAAGUGAAUAUGGGUAAAAAAAAAGGAAAAAAGAAGCCUCUUGUUGAUGAUGAGGAUAUUGAAGACAUUGAUACAGAUAUUGAAGAUAUGGAUGCUUUAGCUUCAGAUGAUUUGGAAGAAUAUACAGAAACUGAGAAAAAAUUAUUAGAAAAAGUACGAAAAGCACAUGUCUCUGAAAAUUUUGACAGUGACGAUGAAGUAUAUGGAUUGCAAGAUGAAAAUGAUGAGGAAGAGGAAGAUUUGCAAGAUUCAAUGGAGUCUGACAUUGAAGAAUUGCAAGAAGAUGAUGAUAUGCCUGACGAUAGAGCUUGGGGCAAAAGAACACAAAAUUUUUAUUCAUCGGAUUAUAAAUAUACAGAUUAUUCAUCCGCAACUCAAAAGGACUUUGAAAAUGCAGAGAUAGAAGAACAAGAAGCAAAGAAACUUUAUACAAGAUUAGCUAAUGAGAUUUUUGAUAUUACUGAUGACAGAAUUAUGCAAAUUACAGAAGAUAAGGAUGACCAAAAAGAUGAUGGGCAAACCUUGGAGUUCAGUAAAUCAAGCAAGAAACACCAACAGAUGGUUGCACAAAAGGAAUCAAGAGCAUUUACAAUUUUACUCAUAGAUUUUAAAGAAUGUAUAACAGAGAUAAAAGAGAUCUUGGUACCUUUCCUUAAACUGGUUGAAAAUGGCACAUGUCCUAAUUGUGAUGCUGUGACUUUUGUCAAAAUUAAAUAUCACCUUAUGUUAAAUUAUUGCAUCAAUAUUUCUUUCUACUUGAUGUUAAAAGCUCAGGGAUCGCCGACACAAUUUCAUCCAGUUAUCAAGCGUCUAGAACAAUAUCGUCAGCUGCUAGGUCAAUUACAGUCAAAAGAGGGAAAUCUACUGAAAGAAGUGGUAGAAAUCGUAAGAGCAGUCGAAGAAGGCAAGUCCCUUUAUAGCAUAUCAAACGGUUCUCAAAGACUAGUUGAGGAGAAGACUUCGAGACUUGUUGGUUUGUGUGAAAAAGUGACACGUCGAAAGGAGAUGCAAAACGAGCAGAAAGAGUUAUUACCUGAUAAUAUGGAUAUGGAUAGUGUGGGAGAAGAGUUUAUGGAUGAAGAUGAUUCCAAGGCAGAGGAAAAUUACGAUAAUAAAGGUAAAGAGGAUGAAGAAAACAAAGAUGUUGUCAACGAGGAAGGAAAGAGAGCAAUAACAUACGAAAUGGCGAAGAACAGAGGUCUUACGCCUUAUCGUAAAAAGGAGUUGCGCAAUCCACGAGUGAAGCACAGAAAUAAGUAUCGUAAAGCUAAGAUCCGCAGAAGAGGCGCGGUGAGAGAAGUAAGGAAGGAACUAACUCGUUAUGCAGGAGAGAUUUCUGGUAUUAAAGCAGGUGUAAAGAAAAGCAUUACAUUAAAAUGAACAUCAUUUUGCACAAUUACUUUAUAAGCAUACAAAUGUUACACAUAUUUUUAAAAUAUUGUAAAUUCGAUUAAACUAUUCAAUUAAACAUCGCUAUUUUAUUAA